UCCGGGACCUGCGGGCGACGCCACGGCUCAGAGGGCUGCCGGAGGAGCCCCGCGGAUCCCGGGGCCUUUCCGGUGAUCCCGGUACCGGCGAGAUCCCCCCCGCCCCGACUCCCUGACCCACCAGAGCAGCGGCGGCUGCUGAGGGCGGUGCGGGGGCUGCCGGGAAAGGCGGCGCCGCGGGACGUGAUGGGACGCGUCGAGAGCCGCCGCCGCCGCCGCUCUCCGUUCUCCACGGCAGGCCUCUGUGUUCGCGUGGGGCAGCGCAGGACGAGGGAGGUUUUCUCAUUCCCAAAGCUUGGCCAGAUGGAGAAGGAGGCUGCGAGGAAGAGGAAGAUGCCCUUGGACCCCCUGGCAGACAAGGAGCACAGGAUGGAGACCAGGGAGGACAAAUCCCCAUGGCAGGACCUUGUGGAAGAGGCCAUUUUGAGCAGCUCCACAGCGCAGGAAUCCAACGGGGAGGAAAAGCCCCAGAGAUCCCACAUGAGAAGGGGCUCCAAACCCAGCCCAGGGUGCUCGGAGGAAGAAAGACUCACCCUAUGCAAGGAAGGUGGACAUAGCUUCAGCCAGAGCUUGGACCUGGUGGUCCCUGAGCACCAUCAAAGCAGGGAGAAGUCCUACAAGUGUGGGGAAUGUGGGAGGAGCUUCAGCCACAGCUCCAACCUGAUCCGCCACCAGAGGAUCCACACUGGGGAGAGGCCCUAUGAGUGUGGGGAAUGUGGGAAAAGCUUCAGCCGUAGCAACAACCUGGCCCGUCACGAGAUGAUCCACGAUGAUGAAAGGCUUUGCAAGCACUCUGAAUGUGGGAAGAGCUUCAGAGAGACAUCCAAACUGAUCAGGCAUGAGAUAAACUGCACUGGGGAACGGCCCUAUGGGUGUGAGGAAUGUGGGAAGAACUUCAGCCGGAGAUCUAACCUGAUCCGCCACAAGAGGAUCCACACUGGGGAGAAGCCCUACAAAUGUCCCGAUUGUGGGAAGAGCUUCAGCCAGCAUUCCCACUUGAAUGUCCACCAUUGCACUGACACCAGGGAACAGCCCAGCAAGUGUGAGAAAUGUGGGAAGAGCUUCAGGAAGAUUCACAACCACCAGUGUGUGGAAACCAGGGUAUAUGACAGCUACAGGUGCUGGGAAUGUGAGAAGAGCUUCAACCAGAGGUCCCAUCUGACAGUCCACAUGCGCAUUCACACUAGGCAACGGCCCUACAGGUGUGAGGAAUGUGGGAAGAGCUUCAGCGAUCGCUCCAACCUGAACCACCACCGGAGAAUCCACACUGAGGAACGGCCCUACCUAUGUGAGGAAUGUGGGAAGAGCUUCUCCAGGAGGUCUCACUUGGCCCAGCACCAACAGAGGCAAUGCUCUUCUACAGCCAAGGUGGACGAAGGCAGAGGUGGAGUCCAAAAGCUGAUGUCACCUUUGUAGCUGAAAGCUGAGACCUUUCUUCCAACCUUUAAAAUAUUAAUUAGGAAAACACUGGGUGAUUCAUCAGUCACUCUAUUUGCCACACUCUUCUAAGAAGGAUCUAUUGGACUUUUGCAAAGUGUGGAGAAUAACAGAUAGUUUAAGAUGGUUUACUGAAUAAGAAAGGCCAAGGACUGAGCGAAGGAAAGAAGGUAAACAUAUGGACUAAUUCUGAAUAUGCAUUUAAUGUUGUUGGUGAAGUCAUCUGGAAAGAAAGAGGACUGGCAACUGUUCAAGGUCAUGGAAUUGAACACACUGAAGAGAUGCACUGCUACAGAGUAUUUAGAAGUCUAGAGAAGCAGCCUUUAUACAUUGCAAGAUUCAUCAAAAUGGGGAAGCAACUCUUGAAUUAGAGAAUCUUUUUGCUGAUAAAAUAGUAAAAGCAGCAAGAAAAGGCAUCUUAACAGUGGUGCCACAGAAGGAAAUCAAUUUGUCAAUAUUUGCCCCAAAAUUUGAUCAAAAGAACCAUCAGUUUUCUGGCACAAAGUUUGAAAUCAAGGAAUGUGAAUGGACUGUUACACCAGAGGGACAGAUUGUAGUCCCACCUUAGCGAGAUCAUAAAAGACACUUAAAGGGGAACAAGAAACCUUUUGAAACAUCUGAAGAAAGCAGUAAUAGAAAGAGAAAUAACUGAUAUUGUACAAUCUGUAACAAACAGAUGAGAAAUCUUCUCUAGAACCCACCCAAACAUGAGCAAAAGAGUUGUGUUAGCAAUAACAGAAGCAGGGGAUUCUCCUGGACAUUGUUGGCAAAUAAAUCCUACUGAGUUACCAGCCAAAAAGGAUGCAGGCAUGUAUUAGUGUUAGUUGACACCUUUAGUGGACGGUCUGAGGCUUACCCCUGUCACACCAACACAACAAAAGGAGGUGGUGGAUAUUUUACUAAAUCAUAUAAUUCCAGUGUUUGGGAUUCCUUUGGAGUUGGUCAAAUGUUAGUCAAAUGUUGGGAAUUGUUCGGGAUCUAUAAAUUCCCUACACACCCCAGAUAAGUGGUAAGACUGUUUGUAUGACUGGAACUCUCAAAACACAGAUUAAUAAAAUUUGUUGGAAACAUCCAUGACAUGAGUUCAAGUCUUACCCAUAGCCUUACUGAGAAUCCACAUACAACCGAAGUGUUGCAGUAAAGUAGAAAAAAUUAUAAAAAAAGGCCUCAUAAAAUCAGGCCUGCUCUGUUAGAUCAGUGGCAGACCUUGUCAAGCUAGCACUUUGCAAGUUCCCAUGUAAAAGCAAUCCUAGUGUGAACAGUUCAUUAACAUAAUAAUUUAUUCCUGGGUGAAAAACAACUAGCACCUGCAUAAACAUUAAAUCUAUCCCAUGAGAACCAGUGAAGAAAAUAUGUAAACGAUUUAAGAGUAGAGAGAUUUGAUGGACAAGUAAAAUAUUUCUUACUAACCAAUAAAGUAAUUGGCAAGAAAGCUACUAACCAAUUGGAGUCACACAUAAGGUCUGUAAAACUGUAUAAAAAUGAGUUACUUGAAUAAAGAAUAAGCUUUUUCACCAUGAAGAAAAUGAAGUCUCAUGUGAUUU